CCUCCUGAUCAAAGAUGGAUCUACAGAUCUCAGUUUUUCUUCUGUUCUUGCUUUUCACUGCAGGACAAUCUCUCAACUGUUAUAAGUGCACGGAUCUGAUAGUUUCUUGUGCAGAUCAAAAGGUACAAACAUGUCCCAGUGGAUCUUACAAGUGCAUGACUCUAACAACAGUGUCACAACUUGGUGCCAGUAAGUUGACCACCAAAACUAAAGAGUGUGCACCUGAAACUGACUGUAAACCUGGGACCCAUCAGACACUAGCUGGGACGGUAUCUGUCCAGUGCUGUGACACUGACCUUUGCAAUGCAGCAGAUGGCAUGUAUAAGGGAAGCUUCCUCCUGCUGUCGUCUCCUCUGUUCUUCUACAUCCUGUUUCAGUGAUUCCAGCUGCACUUCAGAUUCUACCGCUGCAGCAAAAACUGAAUGUCACACACAUUUCUAUUCAUACUUUACUGAACAAAAUGUGUGCAUGUUGUUCUGCUGUUUUAUUUAGUAUCAUGAUUUGAGGAAAAUAAACUCUGUAUUUUAUUAAACAGUUAUUAAACAAAAUCCUGCAUCAACUCUUUAAUAAAUAAAUAAUUAUUAAAAAAAAAAACACUUUAUAUAAUAAUGAGUUUGCAACAUCUGCAGUCAUUUUGUACAAUAAUAUUACCCGCAAUCGAGACGAUGUAUUUCCUUUAUUUCUUUUUUCCCUUCCUUUUCAUUUUUAAAAAUGUAUUCUCUCUCUCUUCAUAAUAAAAAGUUAUAAUAGAAUGCAAUGAAGAAAAAACGAGUGCUAAACUGCUGUAAUAAAAUCAUUACAUAUUAAA